AUGGCCUCUGCCAAACUCAUGGCUAAGCUUCAUGCAGACCAGAGUGCGGUUGCCCAACUCGCAGAAUUCCACUCCCGUCAAGGGUCUAGUGUAGUUGGAAAAUCAGCCUCGAGAAAGGCACCCAUUGCGCGUCCAGUAUCCCAACCGCAGAGCACUGAGCCAACCCAGCGAUUGUCUCGCCGUGAUGAGAAAGAUCUUAUCCAACGUCAUGCUAAUGAGCCUCCUUCACUCGUACUUCAUCUUUAUCCAACCUACUUCAAAUUUGAGCAUGAGGAUGGCUUCUUUUCUUAUAAGAGUCAAUUCAAGAUCUUAAUAGAUUUCUUGAGUUCGAUAAAAAACAAACAACUUCCUGCUGAUCUUAUGGACGUAUUUGAUGAAGCAUCCUGCCGUUAUUAUGAAGGCUGUUUAAUUGUAGAAAUCCAUGAUCAUAGAAGCCCAAAAAAAUUCCAUACAAAUGGACAGAAUGGAUCUCAAAGUGAUUCAGAAACCCAAGUUAAGCGAUUGGCAAUGCAACCAACUGCCGAGAGUCUGUGGACAGAUAUUCAUCUAUUGAGUGAAGAAUGGGGAUUUCCAUGGACCGAACAGGUGGCAGUGGAAGUGGAAGCAAAAAUUCUGCUGGCAACAGAAGAACCUUUGUGCCUUGAUCCUUCUUUCCAAGUCAGUCGAAUAAGUAAUGCUAUGGAACAAUGGAAUCGAGUAAGACGACCAAAAAAGAAACAAAAGUGGAAUUCGCUCGAAAGAGAGCAAAAACUGGCUAAAAAGGCCGAGGAUGUCAAAGCAAUGACUAUAAUGGAUACUCGUGCCAAAAGAGAAUUUCCCUUUGAGCCAAGUUUUGGAAAAAUUUCAUUUGUACAGGAUUGGAGAAGCAAGAAGCACAAACAGUCUGAGGAACCACUUGGAGCUGUGGAAGUUAAAAAAUCCAAAGGGCGCAAAGUAUUGGUCGAACCUCCGGCAGGUCUCGAUGGUCGUAAAUGUGUGCGAACUAUUCGAUUCGAACGCAACGAAGAUCAUCGCAAAGUCUAUACUGUCAUAAACAUUUACGCCCAAGGCGAAACAUUCGAUGGUGUGUUUUGUUGGGGAACUACACCAGAUACCAGCUUAAAUGGCGGUAACAUUGAGUAA